AUUAUCAUCCUAUUAUUGAGUUUGAACAGUUUCAUUUUCUUCUCAUCUUUUCCAAGUUUACCCUUUUGUCAUUCUAUAAAUAUUGUUGUUGAAUUGUCUAAUUCUUGGUUCAUUCACUUUAAAACUUGGUUGUUGGGUUGAAGAUUGUAUCUGCUUUUUUAGGGUCCCCAAUUUAUGAACAGAUUUUCCGGUUCUGUUGGGUUGAAGAAUGUAGAGUACUGCAUAAUGUAAAGUGUAGCAUUCACAUAAUUUUGGCUAGUAGAAUUAUUUAACUUAGCUGAACAUAUUCUAAUUCUCAUUGAUAAAAUAUUUAAAAAUAAAAUAGGAUUAUCUUUCUGUUCAUUUCUCAUAUUUUCUUCAAAUAAUAUUUGUAGGAUUAUAUCAUCUUCUAUACAAGAAAUUAACUUUAUUCACGAAACCUUGAUUGAUUGCAUAUUCAAAUAUAAUAAUAUCCUUACACAUAUAUAUUCUGGGUUAUUCCAUGGCUUGUUUGCAGGAUUUAAAAGACCAGAACUCAAUUGGAAAUGAUUUGAUGCUUAUGUGUAGGGAUUCUCUGUGGUGGUUUUGAAUUAAAAUGUAUUUUAGGAUCAGGGAGGUUGCUAUUAACGACCUGGGUUAUGCUAUGAGUAGAUUGAAGACAGAUUCAAAACUGUGUGAAGGUGGUAAAUCCACUUCCCAAGUUGAUGGAUAUCAUACAUCUAAAGAACCAUUGAAUUAUUUGGACUAUGAGAUUGCUCAGCUCACAAAACUUAGAUCAGGACCCCAUGGACAUUUGAGCCGAGUCCUACCCGGUAAGCGGGAAUUCCUGGUUUCUCCUGUUAAAAUGUUGACGGGUCGAGAAGGUAAUUAUUCAGGAAGAGGGAGGUUCUCAUCUGCAAAUUGUUGUCAUGUUCUAAGUAAAUAUCUGCCUGUCAAUGGUCCUUGUGUGGUUGACCAAAUGAGAAGCCGGGCUUAUAUCUCACAGUUCUCGGCUGAUGGUUCCCUUUUCAUAGCUGGGUUUCAGGGAAACCACAUUAAAAUAUAUAACGUUGAUAGAGGGUGGAAAGUUCAGAAGAACAUACUUGCCAAAAGCUUACGAUGGACGGUCACUGACACAUCUCUUUCCCCCGAUCAACGCUAUCUUGUUUAUGCUAGCAUGUCACCUGUUGUCCAUAUUUUUAAUAUUGGUUCUGCUGCAACAGAGUCCCUUGCAAACAUCACGGAGAUCCAUGAUGGUUUAGAAUUUUCCACUGACAAGGAUGUGAGAUAUUCUUUUGGAAUCUUUUCUGUGAAAUUCUCAACAGAUGGGCGUGAACUUGUAGCUGGAAGCAGUGAUAAUUCAAUAUAUGUUUAUGAUCUUGAAGCUAAUAAGCCUUCUCUUCGAAUUUUGGCACAUAAGUCUGAUGUUAAUACUGUAUGUUUCGCGGAUGAAAGCGGCCAUCUUAUUUAUUCUGGUAGUGAUGAUAAUCUCUGUAAGGUAUGAGAUAGACGCUGCUUUAAAGCCAAAGGCAAGUCAGCAGGGGUCCUAGAGGGACACCUAGAAGGCAUUACGUAUAUUGACAGCCGUGGAGAUGGUUGUUAUUUCAUUUCGAAUGGUAAAGAUCAGACCAUAAAACUUUGGGAUAUCCGGAGAAUGUCCUCUAAUGCUACUGGCAAUCCAAGAGUUAGGAAUUAUAAAUGGGAUUACAGAUGGAUGAACUACCCAGAUGAGGCAAGAAAACUGAAACAUCCAUCUGACCAGUCACUGGCUACCUAUAAAGGUCAUUCAGUAUUGUGUACUCUCAUCCGUUGCUACUUCUCCCCCACAUUCAGCACCGGUCAGAAGUACAUCUACACUGGAUCUCACGAUACUUUCAUUUAUAUUUAUGACGUGGUCACCGGAGCCCAAGUUGGCAGACUCGAGCACCAUAAAUCGACUGUCAGAGAUUGUAGUUGGCACCCAAAUUACCCAAUGCUGGUUAGCUCUUCAUGGGAUGGGGAUAUUGUCAAAUGGGAAUUCCCUGGGAAUGGAGAAGCAACAACCACUUUGAACUAGAAGAAUAUCCGGAAGAGAAAUGAAUAUUUUUGAAGACUGCUCCUAAUAUCUGUAAGUAUUUUAAUGUAUGAUGUCCAUCUUACUUGAUCAAAUAAGAAAAUGUAACUUGUAUGCAAAAUGGUUUGGCUAUUUUCAUUCCCAAUAAUGUCAUUGUACAAAACCCCCCAUUAAUUGUGCAUAUUAUCGUCACUCUCUACACUAUUUUCCUUGUAUUGUCAUUCUUGAAAAAAUGGAGAAUUUAGCUUUUAGGGCUGCUA